AUGGUUAGUCAAUACAACCUUUCUUUUAUUGGUUUGUUGGAAUCAAAAAAGGAUUUUACUGAUGCUUUUCUUGUUCGAAAGCUAUGGCCAAACUUAGACUUUGAUUUUGCUUGGGUUCCGUCGAUAGGUUCUUCAAGAGGGCUUCUUAUUAUUUGGAACUCAGUUUUACUCAGCAAUAUUACUGUGGUUUCUGGAUCCUGUUGGAUUUGUUUAGACUUUAUGUUUCAUUCUUUCUCUAUUCGGCAUAUCCUUAUUUAUGCGAGUAACCUUGCAUCAGAAAGGUUAUCUAUGUGGAGUGAAUUGUUACCUCUCACAAACUAUUCUGGUUUGGUUUUUAUUUCUGGCGAUUUUAAUGAAGUUCUAUGUCCUGCUGAGCGGCUCAAUUGCUCGAAAUUCUCCCCAUCCAUGGUAGCUAUUCGUGACUUUUUAAACGAGUCUGAAUUAAUGGAUCUUCCUUUGCAAGGUUGCACCUUUACUUGGCAUAACUCCUACUCCAAAUCAAGGAUUGAUAGGUGUUUUUCGUACUUGUCAGCUGUUAAUGUUUGGAGUUCUAGUUCAUUAUCAGCUCUUCCUCGCGGGUUAUCUGAUCACGUUCCUCUUUUAUUUCAGUCAAGUGCUAAAUUUGAUUGGGUCCCUAAACCUUUUCGCUCUAUUGAUACUUGGUGGGACCAUUCUGAGUUCAGCGAGUUUGUUAACAGCUCUUGGAUAUGA